AUGCCCAAGCGGAGAUGCUUCAACCCACCUUUAGACAAAGACGGAAUGUGGUUCCCUCACAUUGGACUCACACAGAAGACACCAGAAUCCAUGACCAGCGCCAUGUUGAAAGAAGCCCGAAUCCCACAUGCGAUUCGUCAGAUGGAGGGGAAGCUACCGCCCAUCUACAAAGCCCGGGAGAAGCAAGCAGUAAAUAACAACUUCCCCUUCUCCGUCCACGACAAUCGGCACAGCUUUGAGAACAUGGGGCACUACUUUGACACCGGUCUGGGACGUAAGAAGAUUUCCCCUGAAAAAAGGCAACAUACUUCAAGAAAUUUCAACCUCUGGGCAUGUGACUAUGUUCCAUCUCGUCUUGACGGCUUCUCAAACAACCAAAUAUCAUAUGUCUAUAAGGAAGCCGUGGUGGUCCCAUUUUUCAGGCGUUUUCCAAGACAUCACGGAGAAAUAUGGAACACUUUUACAUUUAUUCCUGAGCGAAACUAUACAGACUUUUUGAAAAAGAAACCGAAAGUAAGAUUUGCUGUUGACGAAGAGGCGACUUCUCCACUGGAACCCUAA